GACCGCAUACUCAAGGAGGGCAUCGGGAAGGACAUACGCGCUGGGAAGGUGUACUGCGUUCCAUCGUCCGUCAACAGGGCUCAUUGGACCUUGCAUCAGGUGUCGGCUGCGACUUUGCAUGAGGCUUUAUACGACGCCCACGCAGAGAAGCCAGACAACGAACAAGUCCUGGCUACGAUUCAUGGUGGAGUCAGAGAUGUUGUUCUUCUUCAGCCCACUUGCCCCGCGUAUGUACUCCAAUACUACAGAGACGAGAUGAAUCGUCUGACUGGGUACGGGUCGCAGAGAUCGUGGCUGGAGAGGAUCAAGCUCGUCGUUGAUAUUGACGCAAAGCUUGCGGAUGACAGGUCGAAGAAGCGAGCGAAGGCGGCGGAGCAGGCGCCCGACUCCCUCGACUCCUCUGGCGGCUCUGCCACCGCGACCUCCGCAUCAACUGCGAUCACAGAGUAUGUCGGCGCCGGCGGCGACGAGGACGGCGACGAGGAGGACGAUGACGAGGAGUGCGAGUGCGGGGACAAGAAGCGCGUCAGGUCCCAAGCUGGUCACCAAACAGCCGAGUGGGAGACCAUCCAGGGCGCGUGGCCAGCACUCUUCACAGGCAUGGCCGACUUCCUCAGGACAAGGCGUGUCCGGACGAAACUGAAGGAACACGGCGUUUUGACUUCCGUUCUGGCCUUCAUGGACACCCAUUGCAAAUUUACGUACGCGGGCCUCUCCUCAAACACGGUGAUGUUAGUACAGGAGUCCAUCUUGAAGAAGGUCGCUGGGCACACAGACUACGCCGGCGCCGAGGAGGUAUCGAUGCUCGCGUUGCUGUACUUGAGCGCGCCCACAGACGUACUCCCAUACGUAUUCAAGUCAACUGCUGAUGUGAACACGAAGCUGCCCAAUCUCUUCAGCCGCAUGCAGCAGAACAAGCACUUUCGCUUGGCAAGGAUUCCAAAUGUCAACCCAGGUGAUCAGAGUGCCGCGAUGCUGACAUUGGUUAAGGCCGACAAGAAGGAGAUGCCCAAACCUGCGAAGAAGUCAAAGGAAGAGAAGGCUGCAGAGGCCGAAGCUAAGAAGGCGGCCAAAGCUGCUGAGAAGGCGCGGGAGAAGCAGCAGAAGGCGGAUCAGAAGAAGGCGGACAAGAAGAAGAGGAAGCGCGGCGGCGAACCUGAUGACCACGCUCACGACGGCGCGCCGGAUGCGAAGCAGCAGCAGCAGCUUGUGCAGCCUGUUCGCCCAACACUUGACGUUCCAGCACAUCAGCACGGCUGGGCCAACAUCGUGUCAGGUUCAGACGGCACGGCUCGAACCCUCACGUUCCUGGACGACGUGAAGCACACUGUGGCACUUGUUCUCGCGCGUCGGGAGCAAGUUGACAAGGCAAAUGGGGUGGACUUCAAUGCAACCACUCUGGCCGCGAAGUGGGAGAUCAUUGUUCUCUUGACUGCCUGUGGAUUUUCAUUCGGCUGCGACAAAGUUCUGACCACAUCCCUCACUACGGCUGAUGGCGCAAUGAAGACGUACUCUGGCGAGUGGUCGGAACUACGGUGGGAUAUCUACCUGACUCUGUGUCGAACCUUCGACGUGAACUUGGACGAGUGCCCUCUGACGGACGACUGCUGCGUCGAGGAGGACGAGGAGCAGCCUGAGCUGGGACCAAUCAAGCAGAAGAUACAGAUUCUCUUGAAGGAGCAUACGUACCUGAAGACCAAGCUCGCCAACAUCUACGAGACGAACCGUCCGUCUUGUGAUUCUACCAUGGACGAGGUGAAGGAGAGCCAUGUUUCCUAUACGAGGGUGAACGCUGCAAUACUAUCAGCUCUGAGAGGCGACUCUUUCGAGACGGCGAUGCUCCCGAAUGUGCUCAAAGGGGUCGUGUUCGACAAGGCCGAGGACAACUUCUCGUCCGUCUUGCGAUUCCUCACGCCUAUCAUUCAUAAGGAAGUUCCGCCAUCCCUCUACGCGACGGCCUGCCUCUUAACCAAGUACGCACUGGUGAAGUCUGGCGUCGUUGAUGGAUCGGAGCGUCAGUUCAACGUCACACCUAGCAGCGUGCUUGUCGACCUGAGCGCGGCUGCGCCCCUGGUCAAGUGGUCAGACGCCAACUGGAAGACCUUUAAAGAGGUGGAGGCGCUUGUACAGCUGCAGCCGAGGUACUUGCUGUUGGGGAUGACCAAGCUGUGUGAUUAUUUCGACACCGCUCUGACCAUGGACGUCAUCCCGGUGAAGUUCAAACAGCAGAUGUCUGACCUCCACGCUUUCAUGAAGUCUGGGGUAGCAGUUGCAAUGGGGUGUAAAGAUGCAAUAUUCAUGUACGCUUCUGACUGCAAAUUAGAUGGCCUUGACGAGGAGAUGUGGACGACGUUGUUCGAAAAGGCUGUGGACCUUAAGUCUGCUCCAGUGCGGAAGACCGACCAGCAGUGGGACACCUUGACGAAGACCAAAGAGGCGUCUGUUCGACAGAUGACACCAAUCCAACUCCGCAAAAAACUCGUGGACGACUUCAACGUGAAGACCGACGCGGCCAAACUGAUGGCCAAGGAUACCAUGGUGUCGCUCAUCGCAAAGAAGCUGGUCCACAAUGCCAAGGACAAGUUGGUCAAGAAUUGGGAUGUCUCUGUCAAGGCGUUCUUCUCGGUUGAGUUGGACGGAGGCGUGGACAAGGAUGGUAUCGAUGAUGUGGUGAGCAAUGUCUUUAGCGAGGGCGGCAUGCGGCGCGUGCCCUCGUUGACACUGCCGCGGGCAUGGUGUGCAUACAAGGUCGGCCUGGAGCUCACAGAUUACAUCCUCGACUUAUGGAACCCAAACUUCAAGCUCGACCAGGGUGGAGGCAAGGCCAACUUCAAAAAGGUGUGGGUCCCGAUCGAUCUGAAUGAGUACUUGCCCGUGAAGGAUGGGUGGCUUAUCCGUUUGGCAUUCGUUGGAGCUAUCUCAUUAGAGGAGACCUUAGUCGAUCGCAACCUUCGCCAGUAUGCAAACAAGGUGGAGAUAGGCAAGGUGACAAUCCAGGGCCACACGUACAUUAUGUCGGUGACGCCUGGUGGAGGGGAAGGUUCUCCCACGUGCGCCCCAGCAUGGUCCGUGAGGGGCAUGAGUGAGGAUGACUUUCACAAGGCCUCUGAGAACAACGAAUGGAUCGAGGCUAUGGUGCAGGACUGCUUCGAGUUCGACGUCACUGUGGGCGGCGUUGUGAAGGUGACGUUCGCGCUGCCUUUCAUCGGCGUGGCACCCGUGGAGUCUGCGCCGCAGCUUGCGAUCGAGGACGUCCACCAGCAGCCGCAGCCGCAGAAGACGAACCCUGCCGCAUGCGGGGCCCUUCAUCCUGCUCAGGCUUCUCAGGAUCCUGGGCCGCCCACGGCAGCGGAGGGGGCCCCGGCGGUGGAGCCCAAGGAGUCGGAGUCCCCCAAGGAGGAGGCGGCGGCGAAGCAGAUCGUGGCUGUGGAGCUGCCGGGGCCGCAGACCGAGCCCCAGAAGAACUUCGGAUCGAUGGAGUUCUUGGCGUUCGACGACAUGAUGGAGCUUGUGCGCCCGAUGUUCCCGGAUGAGGCAGCCAGGCACGCGGAGAAGGUCGACAGGAGGAUCGCCAAGAAGGAGGAGCGGCGGGAGCGUGCCCGCGUGAGCGAUGGCGUCGGCACCGUCGCCCAGCAGUCGGCAUUGCUGUUCCACUUGAUGCAAUAG